AUGCGGUCUAUUAAGCUUUCCACUUAUCUACGUCGACUUUUAUAUACAUUAUUAUUGGGUUCAUUAGUCAGUAUCUAUAUUAAUUUCAAUCGUUCAACUUCUAAUAUUAAAAAUGAUCCAUCACUAGAAGUUAAUAAUAUUUCUCUUUGCCUUCCAUGGCAAUCAAUCAAUCAUCAACCAUUGGGAACUAAUAGCUGUUUACCGUACAAACGUAUAAUCAGUUCCGUAUGGACUCACGAUGGUACUGGAAUAAUGAAAUAUAUUCAAUGGAUAGUUACACGAAAACUAGGAAAUGUUCGAAUUUUAAGAUUAAAUGACGAAUGUGAACUUAUUCAAGAGAAUAAUUUUUUUUUCGACUCAAAAAAUGAUAGAUUUGUUCAGAUUUACAUUGUGUCUCUUACAAUGAAUUUCAACAACACUUCAAUAUGUUCAACGAAUCUUGUUCAAAUAAUACAAUUCGGUUUACAAAAGAUCAAUCAAAUCUAUUUUAAAAGAAGAUCAAUUGAAGCAACAGUUGCCUAUCAUCAUUUAGACCAAAUACGACAGAAUCAUAAUUUUACUUUCAAUUGGAAUGUAUCAUUUAACAUAAAUAUUCAAAAAGCCAGAUUUGUUACUGAACAUCUUAUAAAUUAUUUCAAAAAUGAACUUAAUACAAAAUCAACAAUCAUCAAUUCUGAAGAAAUGAUUCAUUCAAAUUUGAAUGAUACUGAAAAAAAGUUAUCAGAUUUCAUCUCAUUACUAGGGUUUAAUACAUCAACACAAACUUUCAAAGAUAUACUUCAGUACGAUUGUUAUCAAUUUGUUCAAGAUGCUACUUGGUGGGAUCAAUCAGAAACAAUUGAACAUAUUCUAUCAACAUCAUUAAAUCCUAAUCUAGCAACUAUGGAUAAAUCAAAUGAUUUCUAUCAUUUACAUGGAAACUAUUCGUUUUCAAAAUACGUUUCGGAUAGUCGUCAAUGUUUCAAUGAUGGUACUUUUUUUCAAAUGCAAUGUGAAACGAUACCUAAUCGAUUUUCAACUGACAAACCAGAACGAUGUUCACUUAAAAAGUUCGAUUGUGCUUUUAGCGAUAUAUAUUCAUUUAGUGAUCGCGAACAACUCUAUCAAUCGUAUGCACCAAAUAAUUAUUUUAAUACAAAUCCUAUUAAGUGUGGUUUUGCCAUUCAAUCGAUACUUGAUACAGUUAGAAAUCGAUAUGAACGCAAUGAUAAGUGUCAAAUUAUAGUAUUUACUUGUAUUACAAACUGCUAUGAUGCUUUACCUAUUAUUCAAGAUAGAGUACCGCCAGGGACUUGUUUCGUUGCACUACUUGAUACAAAAACGAUGGAUGCAUUUAAGCGACAACACCCCGCAGGAGCAUAUCCAAUGAACGGGCAAGCCCAAUGGGAUUUUAUUGAUUUAGGACAAGGUGGUUCGCUAUUUCGUGUUGCUGCUAAAGUAACAGAAACAGUAAAAAUGCUCGGACACCGAAUGUUUCCUAUGGCUAAAUGGUUUGUUUGGCUCGAUGGUAAAGCAUUUAUAAUCAAUAUUAAUGAAAUCUUAUCAAUAGCGACGACACCAAUAAUUGGUCUUCAUCAUCAUGAUUUCAAUCGAACAUCAGAGGCCGAAGUUAAUCUCACAAUUGCUCGCGUGAUACUUCGCGAAAUAAAUAAUGUUGUGCAGCUUAAUAAUACAUUGCAAGAAAUAGAACUUCAACAGGCCGAAUAUAAACGAGAUGGUUUUUAUUCUCGUUCGAAUGCAAUCGGAUUACCAAUGUUUGAUAUUGCAAUAUUCAUAUAUAGAAAUAAUCAUCCGUGUUCAUUUCGUUACUUAUGUGGAUGGCAUAAUGAAAUCAAUUAUUUUUCGUAUAGAGGUCAAUUAUCAGUGUAUUAUUCUGCUGAAAGACUGAAUCUGAGCAGUUACUUAGGUUUUAUUCCACGUAGACUUUAUCAUACUCUAGGUCAUCGUACUGUAUGCUAA